AUGGAAACAGAACAACCUUGCCCUCCUGCGAUGCAGGUUGCAGCGCAGACUGAAGAGAAACCUUUUAAAAUGGAGCAGUCCAACCCCUGUCUUACAAGAGCUGGAGCAAAACCAUCAAAUGGAGGUGCUGUUGGCAGCGGUGAGAGCUCAAACACAAAGCCACAGAAGGUGUCAAGCAAUUUCGACACAGAAAGCCAGUCCAAAGAGAAAGUUGACAAAGCACCCUCUGAAAUGAAAGAAACCAGGCCGCACGUUAACACGUCUGCACAGUUAGAAAAGCCUGAAUGCACUGCAGUUUCAGUGACUGAACCAAAACAAGCAAAGAACAGCAAUGGAGGAGAAACACUGGCUGUUACUACAGUGGAUCAAGUGUCUUCAUUACCUCCAGUGUCAGGCAACCCUCCUGAAACAGACGCUCCCAAACAAAAUGUGGAGGCAGAAGGGGCUGUUUGCAUGAUGCCUUCAAAAGCGACUAAAGAUAGAGCGAACAAGAAGAAGGAAGGUAAAAUGGCCAAACGCGCCGGCUACAUCAUUGUAACCUUCCUUUUAUUCUGGCUGCCACUGAUCACAACUAUCCUGGUGAAUUUUUUUGUUCGCAAAAACAGAAAUACACAGAUAAAGAUCAUUCAGGAUGUGGAGAUCCUGUCAGUGUCUGUUGCCUGCAUCACUUCACUGAGUGACCCAAUAAUAUAUGCUGCAGUGAACCCUCAGUUUCGUACAGAGUUUUACAGGCUAAAAAAUAAGGUCAAAUCCACAUUCAGUAAGACAUAAUAAUGUUUCCACUCCUGUCUACCUUUGAGUGGCACUAGACCAAAUGACCAUAUUCAAUAUUCACAAUGUAACUGAAUAUUAAAAUGGUUAACAUUUGUCUAGUCAUUGUUCAAAUAUUAACUAAAUUAAACCCCAGACGCUAAAGUGUGAAUUUUUAUUUGGCUAUAGAGGGCCUAUUAUUUUAUAUGCUGCUGUGUUAUCUUAGAUUUUAUGCAGGCUGACUUCUCAGCAGUUACUAAACCCUGCAGAGCAGCAGCGCUGCGUGCUGUGAGAAGCAGCCUGGACCAACGCAAUCAGCUCAGCGGGGGUAAGCUGCUGAGUUCUGUGUCAAACAAUCAGUGAGGAAUUGCUUGUCUGUCUCCAGAGACCCUGCAGCCAGGACCCACCACUGGGCCGGUCAGGUCCUCACAUGUCCUCCAGCAGCACCUCAUUAUUAUCCCAUCCCUGUUAUUAGUGAUGCUCUUUGAGUAAUCAGGGAAAACAUUAUGAAAUCCACCUAACUGUGUCUUAGUUUAAUUAAAAAAAAAGAAGACAUGGGUCAUUUAAUGGAUGUUUCAGUAGAGCUACAGUAUUUAUUCUAUCCACUGCACCAAAUGCACAAUGUGUAUUAACUUGUCUCAUUUCCUUACCCUUUAUAUAUGUACUCCAUGACAAGAUUUGUAUUUCAUUAAAAGCAAAGUGUUGCAGAAUUUACAUCAUAACAUACCAGCCUCAUUGUGUUUCCUUCAAUCAAUCUCAUUUUUACUGAUAAACCUCCAACAAGAAGCAGAGACAUACUUUAAUAAAACAGAAUUCUGCAAUGACAGCAUGCAAAUCCUUAAUUCAACCAGUUAACAGACAGAAAUAGUAUGCCAACAACUGUCAACUAAAUCUAGAAAUAAGAGGAGCCAACUUCAAAUGCGGCUGAUAAAGUUCUAACUGAGAUAUUUACAAUAUGAAAAAUGUACAAAAUGGCCCUUUAACACAGUGAAAUCUACCAAGUCUCGCUUUUGAAUAUUAGAAUUUAAGAGGAACUCAGUGGAAUUGAUGCUCAACACUCUUUCAUAUGGUUUUCCAGGUCAAUACUAUGUGUCCACAUUAGGGUUAGUAUUAGUCAAGUGUUGCAAAGAACAUCCUCUUAUAUUUCUACCUUGUGACCUAACUAAUAUGUACCCUGUAUAUUUCUCAAUAUCAAUUGUUAAUUGAUGACAGUGGCUUUCACAUAGAUCCAUAUCAGAAUGUCAAAUAUGUAAGCUAACACAGAUUUUGUCAUUUUGACUUUCACUUGCACAUUUCACAAACAUGUCAGGAUGCGUAAUAUAUUUUACUCAUCAAGCGAUGACAUCAACCAGUUAAUGAGUCAGUUAAUGAAUAUUCACAACAGUUAUUCAUUCCUGUGGAUGUACGUUUUCUGAAUUUACAACAGUGAGGGGACUAUUAGAAACCAGAUAAUUGGGGGGGGGGGGGUUUAAAA